AUGGCUGGCGCUUCAGCUGUCGAUGCCAGUGGAGAUACUCUACGCACAUCUGACGUCCCUCCUCUUUCCAAAGCGGCCACUGCGACAAGUUCCGGUCACAAUGAUGGUCUCUACGGUCUCACCUCGAAAUGGCCGGUUGUCCACGAUCUCGCAGGGUCAACUCUCCCAUGUCGCCUUGAGGGAGAAAUUGGUGACUUGAUCGUAUUGGGGACCAUCCCCAAAGAGAUAGACGGCACCUUCUAUCGCGUGAUGUGUGACCCAUAUGUUCCCCCCGACCCAGGUAGCGUGCCCAUUGAUGGUGAUGGAAAUAUCUCGGCCUUCAGAUUUUACAAUGGGAGGGUGGAUAUGAAGACGCGUUAUGUCGAGACAGAACGCUAUAAGCUCGAGCGAAAGGCCAACAAGGCUUUAUUCGGGCUCUACUGCAAUCCUUUUACUCAUCAUCCUUGCGUCAGGGCGGCUGUCGACUCCACAGCUAACACCAACUUGGUGUACUGGGCGGAGAAGUUGUUGACCCUGAAAGAAGUGGCUCUCCCUUAUGUGGUGGAUCCAGACACUCUCGAGACCCUUGGCUACGAUCCGUUCAAAGGCCAAAUAAAUUCCAAAACGUUCACCGCGCACCCCAAAGUUGACCCAUUCACACAGGAGCUGGUGUGCUUCGGUUACGAGGCCAAAGGCCUUGCCACGCGUGACGUGGUGACCUAUGCAUUGCACAAGCAAGGAAAAAAGACGGCAGAAUUCUGGUCGCGGUCCCCGUGGUGCGCAUUCAUUCAUGAUUGCGCUGUGACCGAAAAAUUUUGUCGUUCUUGUUCUGUGGCCAUUCGAGGCGAACAUAGCGAGGAUGGAGGCCAGAAAACAGCACUGGGCUUGGAGCUACGAUCUAGCUGCCACCUUUAUCGUCGUUCCCCGACGGGAAGAUUCGGCCAUUAA